CGCGGCGCGCGCAGCAGCGGUGGGGCGGGGCCACCGACUUCCGGUCACGUGAGGCGGGCGGCUGAAGCCGCGGAGCGGCGGUGCCAUGGCGGCCCCGUCCGAGACCGAGCGGCUCCUGAGCCGCGGGCCCGGUUACGGCGCGACGGAUGCUCCGGUGGCGACGGCAGAGGAGGAGGAGGAGGAGGAGGAGGAGCUGCGGCGCCGCCUCAAGUACUUCUUCAUGAGCCCGUGCGACAAGUACCGGGCGCGGGGCAGGCGGCCGGUGAAGCUGGGGCUUCAGCUGGCCAAGAUCCUGCUGGUCACCGUGCAGCUCAUCCUCUUCGGGCUCAGCAACCAGAUGGUGGUGACGUUCAAGGAGGAGAAUACCGUUGCCUUCAAGCACCUCUUCCUGAAGGACUACGUGGACGGCGCCGACGACUCCUACGCCGUCUACACCCAGCGCGACCUCUACGACCGCGUGUUUUACACCGUGGAGAAGUACCUGGCCAUUCCCAACGAGACCAUCGGCCGCUACGCCUACGUGCGAGGGGAGAGCGGAGGGAACCAGUCAGCCCUCAUGCUGUGCCAGCAGUACUACCGCAAAGGGCGCAUCGACCCCGCCAACGAUACCUUCAACAUCGACCCCAAGAUUGUCACCGACUGUCUGGGAGUGGACCCUGAGGACACGCAUCCUCUGCCCCCGGAGCUGGACCGCAGCUACAAGAACUUCACCCUCAAAUUUCACAAGCUCAUCAACGUCACCAUCCAGUUCAAGCUGAAGGCCAUCAACAUCCAGACCAUCAUCAACAACGAGAUCCCGGACUGCUACACCUUCACCAUCACCAUCACGUUUGACAACAAGGCGCACAGCGGCCGGGUGAAAAUCCACCUCAACAACCGGGCUGACAUCAAGGAGUGCAAAGAUCCCAGCAUCUUCGGCAGGGGUGACAACUCCUUUCGGCUCUUCUUUGACGUCAUCGUGAUCCUCGUCUGCUCGCUCUCUUUCAUCCUCUGCACUCGCUCCAUCAUCCGGGGCCUGAUGCUGCAGCACGAAUUCAGCCAGUUCUUCCAGCGCCGCUACAAGCAGAGCGUGUGCCUGUCAGACCGCAUGGAGUUCCUCAAUGGUUGGUACAUCCUGCUCGUCAUCAGCGACGUCCUCACUGUGCUGGGAACCAUCAUGAAGAUUGGCAUUGAGUCCAAGAACUUUGCCAGCUACGACGUCUGCAGCAUCCUCCUGGGCACCUCCACGCUGCUGGUCUGGGUUGGAGUCAUUCGCUACCUCACCUUCUUCCAGAAGUACAACAUUCUCAUCGUGACGCUGCGGGUGGCCCUCCCGAACGUCAUCCGCUUCUGCUGCUGCGUGGCCGUCAUCUACCUGGGCUACUGCUUCUGCGGGUGGAUUGUGCUGGGACCGUACCACGUCAAGUUCCGCUCCCUCUCCAUGGUGUCUGAGUGCCUCUUCUCCCUCAUCAACGGGGACGACAUGUUUGUCACCUUCGCCGAGAUGCAGCAGAACAGCUACCUGGUGUGGCUCUUCAGCCAGAUCUACCUGUACACCUUCAUCAGCCUCUUCAUCUACAUGGUCCUCAGCCUCUUCAUUGCCCUCAUCACCGGCUCCUACGAGACCAUUAAGCACCAGUGCGAGGGCGAAACGCCUGUGUCCCGGCUCCACGCCUACAUUGCCGAGUGCAAGGACAGCCCCAAGUCGGGCAAGUACCGCCGCGACAGCACCUCGUCCUGCUCCGUCUUCUGCUGCUGUGAACGGGCUCCUCUGCAGGACAACACGAUGCUGGUGAACUGAGGGAGGAUCCCAGGGACUCGCAGCACUUUGUGCUCCUGCCGGCCAUGAGCCCUCGUAUUUAUUUUACUGUCUGCUUUUACUGACUCGGGGCUCGACACCAGCCCCAAAGGAGCAGGGAUUGCUGGCGCGUGCGUCCCCUGCGCUGACAUGGACACCCCACAGGUGAUGGGGAGACCAGAUGGACGCUCAUCCCAUUUUAUUUUUGACAGACACUGUGCCUCUGCACUCCCAAUACCGAACCAGAGCCCAGCAGCCACUCGGGCUCACUUGCAGCCCCUCAGCUGUAAUCUGGGGGCUCAGCCUGGAGCUCUGCAGCCUCUUGGGCUGCAUCAAGAACUUGCCUGAGGCUUCGUCCUGAAGCCCUGCAGCCCCUGGGCUGUGUCAUGGACUUUCCCCUGCUCUCAGCACCAAGCCCAGCUGCCCCUUGGCCACGUCUGGGACAAGUCUUGGGCUUUGUGCCAGAACCCUAAAGCCCUUUGGCUGUGCUGGG